AGUCGACUUUAAAAAUGGCGACUAGGCCGACGUUGUUUAUGAAAAGAAACAGUGUUUCAUGCCGCAUUGUCUGGCUCUACUUAAAACAGAAUGAAAUUCCAUUUGUGAUGAUUGAUUUGGAUGAGUGUAAGCCUUCAGAUUUUGAAAGCAGAAGCCCUCUUGGUACAGUGCCAGUAUUGCAAGAUGGUGGCCAUAAUAUUUACGGGAGCCAGGCUAUAGUCUAUUACUUGGCAGAGAAAUACACAAACUAUGCAGGUUUUGGAAAAAACAAUGAAAGACCACUGAUAGAGUCUGUCAUUAACUGGGCAGCCACUACACUACUGAGGGACAUUGGAAAUAAUUAUGUCUACCCAAGCUUAAACUGGCCAGGAGUUGCCUUGGCCAAAGAAAGCAACUCCUCCCUGGUAGACUUCGGCAAGAAUGAAGUGAUCUUUCACCUGGAUGUUUUAGAAAAGCACUAUUUGUGUCACCAUGAGUUUCUGUGCGGCAACUCAUCCACUAUUGCAGAUUGCUGGGUUGCUGUAGUCCUCUCUUUGUUAGAGCUGGUGUGUUUUGACCUAACACCCUGGCCAAGGCUGAGGUCAUGGGUGUGCAGUAUGAAGUCCAAUGGUGAUUAUGUGGAUGUCAGUUAUAAUCAUGAAGAAAUGGUGCGGAAGAGUUUCUAUAAUUUGAAUAGCAGUGCUUCAGAUCUGAAGACUGUGAGUGUUGAGAAUCUCACCUAAUUGCUUGAACAUAUUUCUCUACAAACAGCAUACAGUAUGGUUCAUUUAGUAGGAACUUGUUCAUUGACCAUUUCAUUAAAUUAUGUAAAUGUAAACUA